ACGCAACACUAGUCAGGUGAUCUAUCUAUCUUCCAGCCCAGCAGAGUGUGAAGGCGUGAGUGUGAAACAUGAGUUACUUAUUUUGUUUAUUACUUCUAUUAUUUUCGUCUUUGUUUGUUCAUUCAAAUGCUCAAUCAAAACCAAAUAUAGUGAUCUUGUUUGCUGACGACCUUGGUUAUGGGGAUUUGGAGGUUUAUGGUCACCCAACUUCAUCAACCCCAAACAUCAAUCAGCUUGCAGAAAAUGGUCUCAGAUUUACACAAUUUUAUUCUGCCAGUCCAGUCUGCAGCCCUUCAAGGGCUGCUCUUUUGACAGGCCGGUAUCAGACUAGAUCUGGGAUCUGGCCGGGUGUGUUUGUUCCGGAUGAUGCCGGAGGGUUACCACUCAAUGAAACCACCUUUGCAGAAGUUCUUAAACAAGAGGGUUAUAAGACUGCCAUGGUAGGUAAAUGGCAUCUUGGAGUUGGGAAGGACAGCAAGUACUUGCCUACGAAGCAGGGAUUCGACCACUAUUUUGGUAUUCCGUAUUCUCAUGAUAUGUGCCCUUGUUUGAAGUGUUUCUAUCCCGGAGAUAAGUGCUUCAACGAUUGUGACCUUAUAUACACCGGGUGCCCCCUCUACAACAACACCACUAUUAUUGAUCAACCGGUAGACCUGUUGAAAUUAAUAGAACGUUAUGUAAGUAAAGCGACUGACUGGAUCCAAAGUAAUGCAAAGUCUGGGGAUCCAUUCUUACUGUAUUUUGCUUUUCAACAUACACAUCAUCCGCAGUUUGCUGGCGAGAAAUUUCGUAACUCUACACUUCGUGGGACGUUUGGUGAUUCAUUAGCGGAACUCGAUUGGGCUGUGGGAGAAGUGAUGAAUCAAUUAAGGAAGAGUGGGGUUUUAGAAAAUACAUUUAUAUUCCUGACUUCUGACAAUGGGCCCAGCCUACGAAACCAAAACAGAGGGGGUAAUGCAGGUUUAUUGAAGUGCGGCAAGGGGACAACAUAUGAGGGAGGCCAGCGAGUUCCAGCCAUUGCAUAUUGGACAGGGAAGAUUACUCCUGGCAGAACAACGGAGCUGGCUAGCACACUUGAUUUACUCCCAACCAUCUCGAAGAUCACUGGUGCCUCUCUGCCCAAAGCUGUCAUCGAUGGAGUUGACAUGUCCCCGAUCCUCUUUGGUGGGGUAAAGGGGUUACGUGAAAAUUUCUAUUACUAUUUUACUGAGGCCCAGCCAAAGUAUGGAGUGUAUGCUGUUCGAAACAGGCAAUUUAAAGCGCAUUAUUACACCGAAGGACAAAUCAACUCCGAUCCACAAAAUCAUGAUCCUGACUGUCGUCCAAGUGCUAAACGAACAUUCCACAACCCACCUCUAUUAUUUGACCUUUUACAAGAUCCGUCAGAACAGUAUAACCUGAACAAUUUAACCCAGUAUCAAGCCGUGAUAACCCAACUGAAUGGAUUGAAGAAGGCCUUUGAGGCUGGCAUGGUGUGGGGUAUAUCGCAAAUCACAAAGGACCACGAUCACAGCGUGGAGCCAUGUUGUAAGCCAGGUUGUACGCCGUUUCCAAACUGCUGUCAGUGUCAUGAAAAAUAUCAUUCACAUUAUUUUGAAAGUAAACCUUAGGAUCAAGCAAUUAAAGAUUUCAGAUUUAUCGUCAAAGACGUUUAUGAAAUUAGUUUCUUUGAGUUGAUAACUGACAGUAUUACUUAAAGGACAAUUACAUAGCUGAAGUACAGUAGGUAUAAGAGAAUUAUUCCAAAGAUCAUGUACUAAAACAUUCCUCAUGUUAAUAACUAUUUGUCCAGAAGUAAAAAAAAA